CAACACUUCCAUCUUAGAACGUGCUCAAUUUGAAAUUUAUCUUUGGAAAGAUGGCUUCCAAAAACUCAGCCUCCCUUAUCAUUUUCCUCACAUUCAACAUCCUCUUUUUCACGCUAACUACUGCUUGUGGCGGUGGCUGCGGUUCCAUUCCCAAACCUAAACCUAAGCCCACCCCAACUCCAUCCUCCUCAGGAAGCUGCCCUAGAAAAACUCUCAAACUUGGCGUUUGUGCCAAUGUCCUAAAGGAUCUUCUCAAAAUUGAACUGGGCUCGCCACCGGUCAAGCCUUGUUGUUCACUCCUUAAGGGUUUGGUUGAUCUUGAGGCUGCUGCUUGUCUCUGUACCGCCUUAAAGGCAAAUGUUCUAGGAAUUAAGCUUAAUGUUCCCGUCUCUCUCAGUCUUCUUCUUAAUGCUUGUGGCAGGAAGACCCCUCGUGGAUUCAUAUGCGCUUGAUCUACUAUCAAUGCUUCGAUUGGAGAA